AUGCGAGACUUGCUGAUUGUGUCUAGUUUUUUGGUCGCAUCUGUUUAUUGCUCGGCGAGUUGCGGAAAUUCGGGAAUCCCAUUCCGCUUCGAGGUUUUGCCGUCCGGAAAACCGGUUUUGGGAUGCGCUUCGCCAGUUUGUUUCGGUUCGGGAAUGGGUGGAAUGGAAGUUGAGCACGAUGCGGUUUUUGAUGUGAGUUUUGAGCAGAAUUUUUGAAUUUUCAAAAAUUUGUGGUGCGAGGGAUUAAAAUUCGAAUUUUUCAAGAAUCCGAUAUUUUGUCUAUGGGGCGCACUUGAAAAUUUCAUUGAAAAUUUGAUUUUUAGAGUGGUUUUCAAGACUAGAGUGUAGUCGAAUAAAUGAAAAGAAUAUAGGAAAAUUGUAAAAAAAAAAAGAAAUUCAAAUUUUCUAUACUCUUUGAAAUUUGUCAAUAGAGCGCACAUGCUCAAAAAUUCGAAUUUUUUAAGAAUUUAUAUUUAUCAAUAGAGCACACUUGUGAAAAAUUCAAAAAAUCUGAUUUUCACAAAGAAAAACCUGUUUAUCAACAGAGCGCACUUGCUCAAAACGUAGAAAAAUAAAAAAAAAUUCAAUUUUGCAGUCCAGCCCAGAUGGUGACGAUGGUUUCUUCCGCGACGGCGACCUCUCCCAUCCCCGCACCCGCUUCCCAGAUGCCCCCUCCCAACAAGCCCGCUGCCCAACCGGUUUCUCAUCAACAUCUUGCACAAAUCCAAUGACAUGGGUCGGCGGAUUCGAAGCCGAUGAUCAAGGAGAUCUUGCCCUCCAAUGCUGUCAUUACAACGGUCUCAAACACUCCAGUGAAGUCGGUCGACCAGUAGUUCAUUCAGGCGAAGUGUAUUCGGGUGGAGAAGUGUUGAGAGAUGGAAGACAGACGGGUUUCGAUGCGAUUUCGAAUAUUCGAAAGAUUUCGAAUCGAGAUGGAAGUGUUGGUUAUGAAUUGACUGUGACGAGAAUGAAUUGUUUGCCGAAUCCAAGUGAACAAGAGAAUGAUGUGGCAUUUGAUGUGAGAAGAGAAAUUGGCAGAAUUUUGGAAAAGGUUGGAGAUACUUCUUCGGCUAGUGGAGUACAGACUAAUGAGAUUGUGGUGAGUUUUGGGGGGGGGGCGGAAGAUUCCGCUCCGGAAUCUUCCGCAAAGCGCCGCGUCUAGGAUGAGGUUGGACGGAAAACUUAGGCUGAGGUCCAGAGCUUGCCACGUGGAUUUAUUGGCCUCACAUUUGUGGAAUUUUGUGGAAUUUUUGCCACGUGGAUUUUCUGACUAUAAAAAUUUCUAGAUUUUUUUCUGAAAAUUUUGCCACGUGGAUUUUCUGGCCUCGGAAUUAUUUGGAUUUUUGCAGACAUUUUUGCCACGUGGAUUUUUGACUAUAAAAAAUUCCAGAUUUUUUUUCUGAAAAUUUUGCCACGUGGAAUUUUGACUAUAAAAGAUUCCAGAUUUUUUUUUUUUUGAAAAUUUUUGCCACGUGGGAUUCUUAAAGGAUAAAAAUUUGAAUUUUCAAUUAUUUUUCAGCUAAAACAGAAUUUGCCACGUGGCUGAAAAUCUGAAUUUUUGUAGAAUUUUUGCCACGUGGAUUUUCUCACUUCAACAAAUUCCAGAUUUUUUUCUGGAAAUUUUGCCACGUGAAUUUUCCAGCAUCAAAAUUUUCGAUUUUCAAAAAAUUUUGCCACGUGGAUUUUCAGACUAUAAAAAAUUCCAGAUUUUUUUUUUGAAAUUUUUGCCACGUGGAUUUUUGGAGGCUUAAAAAUUUUAAUUUUCAAUUAUUUUUAAGCUAAAACAACAGCCACGUGGCAUUUUUUGCACUAUAAAAAAUUCCAGAUUUUUGUGGAAUUUUUGCCACGUGGAUUUUUAACUCAAAAAUUUUCAUUGAAAAUUUUUGCCACGUGGAUUUUCUGACUAUAAAAUUCUAGAUUUUUCUUCUGAAAAUUCCGCCACGUGGAUUUUCCAGCAUCAAAAUUUUCAUUUUUUUUUCGAAAAUUUAGCCACUUGGAAUUUUUCAGCUCAAAAAUUCGAAUAAUCUUAAAAUUCGUAUAUUUCUGCGAAAUUUAAAGGGACAUGCUCCCAAAAAUCAGAAAAAUCAACAAAUUCCGGUCAUUUUGCGUGUAGGUCCAAUUUUCGCAACGAGACCCGAACCAAAAUCAGGAUGUUCCUUUAAAGCUUAAGCUCAAGCCUAGCGCAUUCUAAAGCAAACCUCGACUUCAGCUAACUCCAAAAAAUAAAAUAUUUUUUGCAGUCCGACCAACGUCUGGCGCCAGGAAAUGCCUACGACGACGCCUCAAAUACCUACGCUCAACCUCCAUCCGAUGUUCCAGCCGGCGAAACCGAACAAUUCGUGCAAGUCGGCGAGCAAGUUGUCCCAGUCACCUCAGCCGGAUAUUAUUAUCCAGUCGCUUCGGGAGUCCCAGCUUGUUUCACAUCUCAAGCUAAGGUGCAAACAUCUGAAGGUAUUAAAUCAAUGGAAGAAUUGAGAAUCGGAGAUAAAGUUCUAACUCAAGAUUCUGGAAAAAUGGUGUAUACAAAGGUGACAAAUUGGCUCCACAGGUUGCCAGAAACCAAAGCGGCUUUUAUUAAAUUGGAAACUGAAGAUGGAAAAAUCAUCGAACUUACCCCUCAACAUUUUAUAUAUAAAAGUGAUUGUGUUGGACACAAAGAUUUGGAACUUGUUUACGCUGAAGAUAUCAAAAUUGGAGAUUGUCUCAUGAUUCAAGAAGAUCAGGAGAUCAUCCCGAAAUACGUCACCUCCCGCAAAACCCUUUAUCACACUGGCGUGUUCUCACCAAUGACUGAAACUGGCGAUUUGAUUGUGGACAACAUCUACACAUCGUGUCAUAAUGUUGUGAAGACUAACACAUUGUCUCAUACAUUUUUGGAAUUUGCUAGUGGAAUGCAAAGAAAGAUCAGGGAAAUUGUGGGAGGUUUUGAGGAAAAUGGACAUCUUCCAGCUACUGCUGAAUUCUUUAUGAAUAUGAUUGAUGUGAUUUUACCCAACAAAUAUUAG